AUGAAUAUUAAUUAAUAAUUAUAUUAUACAGAUACACAUAAAGAUAAUUGUUAUCCAUAUUCAUAUGCAUUGAUUUUAGUGCAUGGUAAUAUUACCUCUUCUUAACAUUGGUUUAAAUUUAUAUAAGAAAUUCAAAAAAGAGAUCAAGAUAAAUAAAUAAGAAUUAUUAAUCUAGAUUAAAAAGGAUUUGGAUAUUCAUAACUACAAAAUAAUAGUAUUGAUGAUAUCAAAGAUCUGACUACAGAAAUUCAUAAUUUAAUAUUAUCUUUAUUUAAAAAAGAAGAAAUAUCUUAAAAAGUCAUAUUAUGUGGAUGGUCCUUAGGGGGAGCAGUGUGUUUACAAUUAGCUAGUGAUAAAAGUGAAUACUAUCAUAAAUUAAUACUAGUAGCCAGUGCAGGUUGUCAUGGAAACCAUUUGUAUAUGGAGGAUGAAGAAGGUAAAUAAUUAUCAAUUAAAUGCUAAACUAAAUAAUAAAUAAUGGAUCAUUCAAAAAUAAAACACAAUCUCAUGAAAAUUAAAUAAAAUGAUUACAAUUACUUUUAUCAUGUAUUUAAAAAAGCAUUGUUCAACAGUGGAAGAUAUCCAAGCGAUCUUGAAUUACUUGAAUUACUAAAAGAUGUUUUUAAGCAAUCAAAUUAUGUUGAUGUUGCAUGGGCUUUAUAAAAGUUUGAUAUUACUCAUUAAGUUAAUAAAAUUAAAGGUCCUGUCUUUUUAUAUCACGGUUAGCUUGACAGAAUAUGUCCUAUUUCAGAUGCUUAUGUAAUAAAUUUUAUUAGGUUUUAUAGACUAACAUUCAUUUUAUUGGUAAAAAUAAAUGUACAAUUGUUGUUCAUCAAGAUGUUAGCCAUAUGCCUCCUCUUGAAGUACCUGAAGAUUUAGCUGUGCAUAUCAUAAAUUAUUUGUAUUCAUUAAAAUGA